AAUGGCCGAUAGCGAAGGAAUGGCCGUAGAGCGACUGGACAGGGGUGUUGUUUCGUUACCGGAAUUCUAUAGACUUGCUAAUUCACGUUAUAUUUCUGGAGCAGAGGAUAAUCACUUGCUUUUGGGAUCUUAUUCAGCUGGAGCAUCCUCUAUUCAAAUCGAGCCUGGAUCGAUCCAGUCAACUGAUUGUAUCCACUCGUUUCCAGAUUAUUCCAAAACAUUAUUAGAAACUCUGAAUUGGCAAAGAUCAUAUAAAUAUUACACGGAUAUUACAGUUCGUGUCCAGCAGUGUGAUUUUCCCGCUCAUAGAUGUAUACUUUUGACUUUGGGGAAAAAGAUGCAAUAUCUGGUUUUUAACAAUGUCGAUCAUGAAGGAAUCCUUGUACUGGACAAAUUGUCAGUAGUUGGAUUUAGAAAUAUUUUAGAGUUUGUUUAUACUGGCAUUUUAAGAUUUCAUGCUAGCACAGUUUCUGAAACAUUAAGUGCAGCUCAGUUUUUAGAAGUACAGGAUGUUGAAAGGAUAUGCUUAUCAAUUCUCAAAGCCCAAAUUCAAGAAAGUCUCUCUACGGCACCUGCUGAAUCUGGUUUGGCAGAACAACCAAGCGUUGUUGGUCAACCUAAUUCUGUCGACACAUCCUAUUUAGAGGAUUAUUUAAAGAUUUUAGAACAUUUUCAUCAUCCACCUCAUGAAUCCCGUUUUAGUAAUCAUGAAAACGCCUUAUCCACUGAUACUGACAUCACAACUGAUGCAGCAUGCGUUCCAAUCACUCCUCCUCAUUCUUCCGUCCACAUUCAACCGAUCUCACCCGUUCUACCAGACGAAAAUUUACCAAGAGACAUGUCUUCCGAUACAUACAAUAAAGAACCAACGAAUUUGUUGAUGAGUAUUAUACACGCCAACGAACAAAAUCAAGAAAAGUCUCCAAUGACUGAAACGUUAUCGCUUCCUUGUGUAGAUGAUGAAGAAUCUCCUGAUAGUUCCAAAUUGGAAGAUACUUUUCAACAUCUCAGUAAUUCUCUUCCGAAUGCUUCGUCCUCAUUAUCAUCUUUGUCAGAAACUGAUAAAACUCCACCAAAAUUUUCGGACUAUGAUGAAGAUAGCGGUGGGCGCCGUAAGAAAACUCGUCCUAUGAAAAUGAAAGGUGGUUUAUCGUGUUCAGCGGCCUUGCCUCCUCCAAAGAAAAGAAAGUUAACCAUGAUCAGUGACGUUGAAAAUGAUGAGCUCACUCAACAAAAAGAAGAAUCGAAAAUCGAGUCAACAUCGUCAAAGAAUAUUAGACAUACUUGUCAAGAAUGCGGAAGAAGCUUUUCAAAGGAUAUUAUUUUGCGAAAACAUAUGAAAUUACACGAAGAGACAUCAGUUACUUAUGCUUGCCACGUUUGUACAGCGAAAUUUUCCAGAUCAGCCGAGUUAACGAGGCAUUUAAGAACAGAACACUCAAAUGACAAUUGGAUUUGUAAGCUAUGCGAACCCCCAGAUAAUUUUGGCAAAGACGCAGGAGCAUAUCGUAUUCACAUGGAUAGAGAACAUUCAGUCAAAAAACCCUUUGCAUGCCAACACCCUGGAUGCUCUUUCAGAGCAAACAAACCAUCGACAUUAGACAAACAUACUGUAAUCCACACCUCAGAAAAAAGUUUUACGUGCUCCAAUUGUCAUGCCGCCUUCUCCCAGCCUAACGGUCUAAGAUCUCAUAUGAAAAGUUGUUUAGAUAAAAGGUCCUAUUUGUGCGAUUAUUGUGGCAAUGCUUUUAAUCAUUCGCAAAGUUUAAAAGUACACCGCCUCCUCCAUACUGGUGUUAAGCCUCAUACUUGUCAAGCGUGUGGUGCAAAAUUUGCGGAUAUCCGAAAUUUGAGACGACAUCGCCGGAUACAUGAUAAUACAUUUCCAUACUCAUGCCAAAUAUGCAAAAAGAAUUUUCGACAUUCAAAUAGCUUAAAGACUCAUAUGAAUACCCACUCUACUUUAACAAAUAACAAUAUUGCGUCAGCAAGUUUAAUAUCUUCUUAG